AUGACAUUGUUAGCCGCUGAUUGGCAGUUUUCCCCGUGGAGAGCCACACAAGCCAGGCUCACCUCCGAACAGCGCGGUACGGCGGAGGCAGAGAAGCUGACAAAGGAGGACAAAGGGGUGGCGGCAGCGUUGCAUCCUGAGUGUGACGUCCUACAGCAGCUGGAGCGGGACCAGAGACGCUGUCUUCGACUGAUUGAGGAGCACAGCAAUGCCUCCACUACAGGCUGCCUGCCAGAGUGGGACAUCUUGGUGUGUUGGCAAGCGGCGGCGGUGGGAGAGACGGUCCAGGUGUCCUGCCCAUCAGUCUUCUCCUACUUCAGCAACAGAACAGGUACAGUGAGCCGUAACUGCUCGAGCGAUGGCUGGUCGCGUCCUUUCCCGCCCUACCAUGUGGCCUGCAGCGUGGAGGACGACAUCCCAGAGGAGUCCUACUUUGCCACAGUGAAGCUGAUUUAUUCAGUCGGCUACGGUGCAUCGCUGGUGUCUCUCUCUGUUGCCGUAGUAAUCCUGCUGGUCUUCAGAGGUCUCCGCUGUGCCCGGAACUACAUCCACAUUCAGCUCUUUCUCACUUUCAUCCUGAAGUCUGUGGGUGUCUUCAUCAAGGACGCUGUGCUGUUUGCUGAGGACACGGACCACUGCUCACUGUCCACUGCAGCCUGUAAGGCGGCAGUGGUGUUCUGCCACUACUGUGUGAUGUGUAAUUUCUCCUGGCUCCUGGUGGAGGCGCUCUACAUCAACUGCCUGCUGCUGGUGGCCGUCCCCCGCAACCGCCGCUGCCUCUGGGCCUUCAGCCUGCUGGGCUGGGGUGUGCCGCUGGUCUUCAUCUUGCUGUGGAUUGGCUCCCGUCUGAGCUUCGAGGAUACAGAGUGCUGGGACAUCAAUGAGGACUCGCAGUACUGGUGGAUCAUCAAAGGGCCCAUCGUCGUGUCCAUAGGGGUGAAUUUUUUGCUGUUCAUGAACAUCAUCAGGAUACUGGUACAGAAACUGAACCCACGCCUCAUCCACUUCAACAAUUCCUCCCACUACAGGCGUCUGACUAAGUCCACUCUUCUCCUCAUCCCUCUGUUUGGGACCCACUACAUGGUCUUCAACUUCCUGCCUGAUUACUUCAAUAUGAAUCUGCGCCUCUGCAUCGAGCUCUGCCUGGGUUCCUUCCAGGGUCUUGUUGUGGCAGUCUUGUAUUGCUUUCUGAACCAGGAGGUCCAGUCUGAGCUGCAGGUGCGCUGGCUUCGAUGGCACGAGAGCAGCUAUGGCACAGUCCCCUCCAGAGGCAAAGGCAGCCAGAUGGACACGCCCUUUUAACAACAACAACAAC